UACAUAUGAAAACCAAAUCUAUACAUAAUAAUAACAAUAAAGUUUCUUUUUAACCUAUAAACAUUGAAUAAUUAUUUCUUCAAUCUGUGUCUUAAGUUUUUAAUUAUACACAUAUUUUCUCUACAAUAUGUGUUCUGCUGGAAUAAUAGAAAUCAUCUAUAGAUAUGCUAGGAAUUGAAAUUUUCGAGAAUCAUUUCAUAGGAGAGGCGAACAACAACAACAACAACAAUGGAAGACGUGAGCGAUAAAUUCCUUUACGUAUACAGUUCUUCACUUGAGACGAGAAUACAAAUAAAAAUAGGAACACUUGAAGGAAAGAGGCAAAGACCCGAAUAUGAUAAAUUGUUGGAAGAUCCUAUGCUCAAAUAUUCAGGAUUGUAUGGAGAACGCGGUGGCAAAGGCGAUUUAGCAGCCUCAUUACAAGUUUGGGCUGGUGGAAGAGCUCUUGCCUUACCUGUUCAUACGGCCUAUAAACAUUUUACAUCUCGAUGGAAUUGGAACCAAUGGGUGACCUUGCCAAUAUCAUAUUCAGAUCUACCUCGUGAUGCUCAAUUAUGUAUAACAUUAUAUGAUUGUGCGGGUCCUGGUCAACAAAUUCCAGUUGGUGGCACAACAAUUUCCCUAUUUGGUAAACAUGGAGUUUUUCGUCAGGGUAUGUUGGAUUUAAAAGUAUGGCCGGGAAUUGAGGCGAAUGGUUGUGAUUUGUCAGCGACUCCUGGUAAAGCACGUGAUCAUGGAAAAGAACAAAUGCAAAGAUUAGCAAAACUCGCUAAAAAACAUCGCAAUGGACAAAUGAGUAAAAUCGAUUGGCUCGAUCGAUUAACAUUCCGUGAAAUUGAAUUGAUAAAUGAACGCGAGAAACGUGCAUCCGAAUAUCUUUAUCUAAUGGUCGAAUUUCCCGAAGUCACAAUGGACGGUGUUUCGUAUUCAAUUGUCUAUUAUGAAAAAGAUGGCGAUGAAGUGGUACAACAUAGAUCACAGCCAGACGUUGUUACAUUGCCAGAUUAUGAAAUCUUACAAGAAAAUCUUGUUGAAGCAAAACAUCAUAAAUUAGCUCGUAGUUUGCGUAGUGGUGGAAAUACAAGAGAAUUGAAACCAACAUCAAAUGUUCGCGAUGCAUUAAAUACAAUUUUGUCAUAUCCACCAACAACGGCACUAUCAACGGAGGAACAGGAUUUAAUAUGGAAAUUUCGAUUUUAUUUGUCGACGCAAAAAAAGGCGUUGACAAAAUUUGUGAAAUGUGUCAAUUGGAAAGUGACUGGCGAAGAACGUCAGGCAUUGGAGAUGCUUUCAUUGUGGGCGCCACCAGAUCCAGAAGAUGCACUAGAACUUCUUGGACCAGCUUUUACAUAUCCAGCUGUAAGAAGAUAUGCAAUUGGACGAUUAAAUCAUGCGCCCGAUGAUGAUCUUAUGCUUUAUCUAUUGCAAUUAGUGCAAGCAUUGAAAUAUGAAGAUUUCGAAAGUAUCAAGGCGGCAAAUGAAAGUCUUGUUAAGGAUAAGGAUAGUGAAAAAAAUGAGAAAUUCGACAAAGAUUUUAAGGCAAAUGAUCAAUCUUCAUCUCACACGACACAAUUAACAACGUCGACUGAAUCACAAUUGUCAUCAAAUCAUGAACAACCCAUGGAUUUGGCGUCAUUUUUAAUAACACGUGCAUGUCAAAAUUCAAUGUUGGCCAAUUAUUUUUAUUGGUAUCUAUCAAUUGAAUGUGAAGAACAACCAGAUCCAGCGAUAACUGUCAAACAAGAUACUCGUGUUCGAGAAAUGUAUUUGACUGUUAUGGCAAUGUUUUCAAAUGCUCUUGCGCGGGGAAAUGCAAUUUGGCAAAAGCGACGAGCAUUUUUGAAACGGCAAAAAAUUUUCAUCGAUCAAUUGGUGUCACUUGUUAAGGAUGUUGCACGUGAAAGUGGUAAUCGAAAACGAAAAACAGAUCGUCUUAAAGCACUACUGGCGGAUCCUGAUCCUGCAUUUAAAAUUAAUUUCUCCAAUUUUGAACCAAUUCCAUUUCCAUUGGAUCCAGAAAUUUGUAUCAAAGGAAUUAUUCCAGAAAAGGCAAGUCUUUUUAAAUCGGCGCUGAUGCCGUCAAAACUAACAUUCCUCACAACGGAAAAUAGUGAAUAUAUUGCAAUUUUUAAGCAUGGAGAUGACCUACGACAGGAUCAAUUAAUUUUGCAAACAAUAGCGUUGAUGGAUAAACUUUUACGACGAGAGAAUUUAGACUUGAAAUUAACUCCCUACAGAGUUUUAGCAACGAGCACAAGACAUGGAUUUGUACAAUUCAUCGAGUCAACAACUGUCGCUGAAGUUUUAGCAAGUGAAGGAUCUAUAUUGAGUUUCUUUCGAAAACAUCAUCCUUCUGAAACGGGUCCAUAUGGUGUUGCUUCUGAAGUAAUGGAUACGUAUGUGAGAAGUUGUGCUGGAUAUUGUAUAAUAACAUACGUAUUAGGAGUUGGCGACCGGCACUUAGACAAUUUACUUCUGACAACUUCAGGUAAACUAUUUCACAUUGAUUUCGGUUAUAUUUUGGGAAGAGAUCCAAAACCACUUCCACCACCAAUGAAAUUGAGUAAGGAAAUGGUUGAAGCAAUGGGUGGCGUUAAUUCAGAUCAUUAUCAUGAAUUUAGAAAACAAUGUUACACAGCAUUUUUACAUUUACGUAGACAUGCAAAUCUUAUUUUAAAUCUAUUCUCAUUAAUGGUUGACGCAAGUGUUCCCGAUAUUGCCUUAGAACCUGAUAAAGCUGUCAAGAAAGUUCAAGAUAAAUUGAGACUUGAUCUUAGCGAUGAGGAAGCAGUGCAUUAUGUACAAAAUCUUCUCGAUUUAUCAGUCACUGCCGUAAUGGCAGCGCUAGUUGAACAAUUUCACAAGUUCGCACAAUACUGGCGUAAAUAAAAUCAAAAUCUUAUUGAUUUUCAUUGUUAAUAGUAUAAAUAUCAUGCGAAUACAAAAGUAAAUCGAUUUUUUAUACUAAAAAAAAAAUAUUAAUUAUAAAAAGUGUGCAUGAAAAUUGUAAAUAGUGUAAUUUAUUGUUUUUAAAAAAAAGUUGUUUUCAAUAAAAUAGUUUCUAAAAAAAAAGAAA